AUGGAUGCUGCGUCAAUCCCUGUACUAGUUGGUGGGCUUGUUGAUUGUCUAGCCCAGUUAAUAAUCAUAGCUGAAGAGAUUCUACAAUUAAUGUCACAAGAACAAGUUCCUUGUGUAGAACAAAAUGAUGCAGCAGAACAGCCAGGAGCAGAUUCAGCUCCUCCUGAGGAAGCUUCACGGCAAGGUGCCGCUUUACUACCAGACCUCGCUAAUCUACCAGAUUUAGAAUCAAUACUUACACCAAAAGAAGAAGAAGAACUAAUGUUUGAUAUAGAUCAAGCUAUGUUAGAUGUAGAAAGCUUGUAUGGAGAAGUACUCUCCAGUAUAACUGAUGACUUAAGAUGUGGAUGA